AUGACUACACCGAUUUCUCAACUCAAUUCAUACGAAAUCCAAAAUCAUGUCAAAUUAGCACUAAAUUCCGAGCCAACCGGAUCGCAGGGUCUCGACAGCCAUAGUGCCAUUGUCAAGCAAGCUAUUAAGCAAAUGCUAGAUAGGGUUGGAUUCGAGCCUCACAGCGUCCCAUUCAGCGUGGACAAGGAACUAGAAUUACUCAUACGCGAAGACCUAAACAAGCUGAAUCUGGACGCAAAAUCCCUCAAACAAGCCGAGCAAAGAUUAGUCCUUGCCGUCAGCUGGACCCAUCUAGCAUGGAAAAGCCUAUCACUGGAUGUAAAAGUGGCCGUUGCAAAGCAGUUGCUCUACAUGUUCUUGAUCGAUGAUUUCGCGGAGGACUUCAUGGAUGAUCUGAUUAGAUUUGGUCAACGUGUGUCUGCAAUUGUUAAAAACUCCCUCGAGUAUGUGGCUGGUCGCGUUGUUGAGCACCAGAUGUUGGCUUCGCAGUUUCAGUUUUCACCUGUGACGAAGAUGGUUCCGGUAUUUCUACGCCCUAGGGUUGGCGGCUCAGAGAUUAUGGCCCAUAUGGUAUUUGAUUAUGCUCAAUUCCCUGAAGAGCAAUACCUACUCCAGUGCCUUCCCGCCAUUCCGGCUAUGAUGCAGUUUGCAGAUUACAGCAACGACAUCCUGUCAUACUACAAAGAAUUCGUUAUUGCGGACGAAAAGUACAACUUUGUAGACAAUUUUGCUGAAUCACAUGGCCUAAGUCAUAUUCAAGUCCUGUGCAACCUGGCUGAACAUGCUGCAGAGGUUCAUGCAUUUGGUCGUCAAGUCAUGUCUCAUGAUCCUAAGCUCCUUGAAGUCUACGAUCAAUGGAUUAGGGGCCUUAUUCAGUUCUUCACUGCUCAUAGACGUUACCAUCUGGUGGAAUUGUUUGCUUCCGACGGUUACCUACCUCCAUACCACGGAGACUCUUAG